CAUGUGGUGUGAGGUUUUUCUUCUUUUGCAUUUGAUUGCUUUGCCAGGUGAACGCAUAAAGAUACACAGUUGCAUAUCCUACAAACACAAUUCUUUUCUUUCCUUCUUCUUUUUGCUCAUACCACAAGCAAUAAGAAUGCCAUCUUUGCCAGAAUCACUCGUAGCAGUCCCUCUUGACAAGAAGGUCCUGCUACCGUCCAUUGUCAUUAAAGUCACUCUUCGUGGCCGAGAAGCAACUCUUUUGGUCCGCAGGCACUUUAAGCAGCAAGAGUACCAACGAGGUCCUUUGCAACUUGCCUGUAUUCCAGUACGGCCAUCGCCUCCUUCAAUAACAAAUGCAGCAUCAUUGGCUCCAGCGGUGGCGGCUGCUUCAGAUGAAGAUGUUCCACCGCAAGAAGCUGGUACGGCCAUUGUUCCACGGCCAGGCGCUGCACCAGCAGGCUCCCCAAAAGACCAGGAAGAGGAAAAGCUUGUUCCGAAACGAAUGCGGCCGUCGCUAUUCAACUAUGGCUGUACGGGCCGAAUUGUUCGAGUACAGCGUCUAGGUACGGGUGCUUAUGGUAUAUUCCUUGAAGGUCUUGCUCGGUGUAGGAUCAAUGGCUAUUCGGAAGAAGAAACAGAGGGCCUGACAACAGCCAAGGUCAGCUACGUAAAUAAGAAUUACUCAUCCGAGCAGCAGCAACAGCACGCCAAGGAGGAUAUGGCUCGAUUCGUGGCGCUAGCGCGUGCGUUUGUCAGCAAGAUGCGUGACCUGCAGAUACCGCAAAGCUUGGUCGAACAGUUGUCUGCAUUGCUGGAUUCACAACCCGUACCAGUUAUGGCCGAUAUGCUCGUAUGCGUGAUUGAAACCUCGUUCGAGGAGAAGCUCAGUUUGCUGGCUACAGAGGAUGUCAAGGAGCGAUUGAACAAGGCAUCUCAGUGGAUGACGCGCCAGUUACAUGUACUAAAAAUAUCCGAUGAAAUACAUUCAGCAGUGGAAGGGAGCUUGACCAAGAAGCAACGCGAGUUUUACCUCAAGCAGCAGUUGGAUGCCAUUCGUCAGGAGCUGAAUCAAAGCAAAAACAACAAUACAUCAUAUAGUACGUCGGCAUCCAAUCCGGCAGUACCAAAGCGUCAUCCACAAGAUGUAGAGGAAGAUGAUAUGACCAUGCUUAAUCGACGCAUAAUGGAAGCCAAGUUACCGAACGAGGCCUUGACCGUUGCGCAACGUGAGCUCAAACGUAUCCAGCGAUUGCAGCCUUCGUCGAACGAAUGGGCAGUCGCGCGAAACUAUCUAGAAUGUUUGGCAGAUAUACCAUGGAGCAAGCAGACUAAGGAUAUUUUGGAUAUUGCCCGUGCAAAGAAACAGCUUGAUGAUGAUCAUUUUGGUUUGGCUCAUGUCAAGAAGCGCAUUAUUGAAUAUUUGUCGGUCGCAAAGCUGAAAGGAGAUCUAAAGGCACCCAUCCUUUGUUUUGUUGGACCUCCAGGCGUAGGUAAGACCUCAUUAGGUCGAUCUAUCGCCCUGGCCCUCAGUCGCAAAUUUCAUCGGAUCUCUUUAGGCGGUGUUCGAGACGAAGCAGACAUGCGCGGUCAUCGACGAACGUAUGUGGGUGCCAUGCCUGGUUUGAUUAUCCAAGGCGUGCGCCGCUGUGGGGUCAAUAACCCGGUUUUCCUUCUUGACGAAGUCGACAAACUCGUACACUCAAGCCACUAUGGCGAUCCAGCAGCUGCGCUACUCGAAGUCCUCGAUCCUGAACAGAACGUCAGCUUCAGCGACCACUAUCUCAAUGUGCCAUUCGACCUGUCCAAGGCUAUUUUUAUAGCGACAGCCAACUCCCUUGACACAAUCCCAGCGCCGCUUUUGGACCGCAUGGAAGUCAUCCAGUUACAUGGUUAUACCUUUGAAGAAAAGCUCCACAUUGCACGCACUCAUUUACUCUCCAAGCAAAUCGAACAACACGGACUUACGCCAGAUAAGAUCAGUAUCGAUGAUCAAGCUCUGCUCUGGUUAGCAGAACAGUAUACCCGGGAAAGCGGCGUUCGUAACCUCGAGCGAACGAUUGCAUCUGUGAUUCGUAGCAAGUGUGUACAGCUUGCAGAUCUGUUGGAAGAAGGGCAAGAGCAUCAUUAUAGCCCCAUAGUGAUGCUGAAGGAUAUUCCAGAUAUGCUUGGCGCUCCACCAUUUGAGAAGGAAGCUGUCGAGCGAGAGCCUCUCCCCGGCGUUGCCACUGGAUUGGCUUAUUCGAGCAGCGGAAAUGGUGGUAUUUUGUUUGUCGAGUCUACCAAGAUGCCAGGCAAAGGCAACUUACACCUGACAGGAUCGUUGGGUGAUGUGAUCAAAGAAUCCGCUCAGAUUGCACUGACGUGGGUCAAGGCAAAUGCGUUCGCACUCAAAAUUGUACAGACACAACAUGAAAACAUUGUCGCGCACCACGAUAUCCAUGUCCACAUCCCGUCGGGUGCUAUGAAAAAGGAUGGGCCGAGUGCCGGUGUGACUUUGAUCACCUCGCUCGUAUCACUUUUUACCGGAUGCAUAGUCUCGCCUACGACAGCAAUGACUGGUGAAAUAUCUCUACGAGGCAACGUUUUGCCGGUGGGUGGUAUCAAGGAAAAGGUGAUAUCUGCGCAUCGUGCUGGUGUCCGUAAAAUUGUGUUGCCGGAGCGCAAUCGUAAGGACGUGGAUGCUGAUGUACCUGCAAGUGUUAAGGCCGAUAUUCGGUUUGUGUAUGCGAAGACGGUGUGGGAUGUACUCGAGGCAACAAUCGUAAUGGCGGAUAAGUCAGUAUGGCGACCGGUGGAGAGCCAUUUGUAGUAGUAGUA